AUGGAGGCCCCCGACAAAGCGCCUCGUAAGAGAGUCUCUCGCGCCUGCGACCGCUGUCGCAGCAAAAAGGAUAAAUGCGAUGGGAUACGUCCGACCUGUUCCGCCUGUCAAGCCUCCGGUAAAUCCUGCUCAUACGAUCCUCACGCGAAGAAACGCGGUCUGCCAGAAGGAUACGUGCGUGGUCUGGAAAAGCUCUGGGCAAUCUCAAUAUGCAACAUCGAUGGGUUCGAGGACACAAUGCUAGCGAUGCUGGGUAGCACGGCAGAAUCGGCGGGCCGACGCGAGACCCUGAUGUCUGCGUGGUCGGACGACAGUGCCGCCGAGAGUCUGCACGAGUCAUGGAAAACGAGUCGCUUAUACGGCGCGUUGGAGAAAAUGCUCUCCAACUCCGAGGCUCCGGCGACGGGGAAGCGGGCGCGCCCACUGGAUUUUCCGCUGAGAGUCUCGCGCACCGCCACCCCGCUGGGUCCCGAUGCGCCGCGCGUGGUUGAGCCGACGACUUCGGCGAAGAGGGCGCGGGUGGAAGAUCGGGGGUCCGAUAGAUCCAGUCUACAACUACCCCCGCAGACAUCCCAGCUGCUAGAUGUCUACUUCGCUGUGACCCAUUCAUGGUUCCCGAUCAUCGCGAAACAUAAUAUCUUGCGCGCUUCUUACCUAUAUGCGAACGCGCCCAUGACCAUUACCGCAGUGUCCCCCGGAUCGGGGGAUCAUGCUGCAUUGUGGGCCAUUCUCAGCUACACCGUCACGCAACCGCGAUUGAACCAACCGGCCGGCCCCGGGGCUGUCAACUUAGCCAAGGAAUAUUACGCGAUCUCACGAAAUCUCAUCCCUGCAGAGAAAGAGCGCUAUGAACUGGGCCAUAUUCAGGCAUUGCUUUUACUGACUUUUGUGAACACGGGCCUGCAGGAUUGGACUGCGGCCUGGUUGCUGAGUGGACAAGCAGUGCGGAUGGCUAUCUCCAUGGGACUAGGUACACACUUGAGCUCCAACUCCCGACGGUCCGACGAGCUCCGACAGGGGAAAGCAGUGUUUCUGGGAUGCUUUGUCGUGGACUCGCUGCUUUCUUUCAAUCUUGGGCGGAGCCCAGCUAUUCCUCCCAACGACAUUGCCACGGUGGGUCUGUUGGAGGAGGAUGGAUUGGAGGAAUGGAACUCUUGGGUGGAUGUGCUACCACCAACAGCAGCUUCACAAAGUAGCAAGAAUUCGCCGCGCCGUGGUCCACUCAUGGCGCUGAGCUGUUUCAACCGCUUGGUGGAGUUGGCCAGUGUGUUGAACAAAAUCUCUCGUCACAUCUCAUCUGGUUAUAAUAUGGCUACAUUUGCACAGCAGUUGGUCAUGGAUCUGAAGCAAUGGGAUGACUGCUUGCCUCUUGGGUGUCGUCUCAUUGGACCUGAGAGCAUUUAUCCUGAGCGUCAUUCGGCCUUGCUUCCCCAUCAAAGCUAUCUGGGCUUGACAUAUGUGGCCACGCUGUUGUGGCUGUACAUCCAGCUGAUCCCUGAAGAACAGGGAUUUGAUCGGUCCCAACGACCUGCAACAGAGGGGGCUAAGAAGCUGCUCUAUCGAGGCCUGACCAUGUUGACCCAGCGGUUGGACAACUUCCCCAUGUGCGGUCUGCCGCCGCUCUUCGAAUUGAGUCUUCGCACAAUCUCAGAGCAGGCGCAUGCGCUACAGAGAUCUGAACCUGCCUCGUUCCCCUUUGCCCGCUGGGCAGAUGAAUUCAGUCAUAAAACAGCCGGCUUGACUUCAACUUGGCCUUCCAUCAUGGAGUGCUGGCAAUCCAAAGACGCCUCAUGCUUCCCAGCCAACCCACCCCCUAUUCCCUCGAUGCAGCCACCAGCUCGCUCAAAUGAUGAUUAUACCUCUUCCAUCCUCGGCAUCAGCAUGCCAGUAGAUGGACAAUCCCUCACACCAAAAGACACCGUGAUGGAGAAUACAGAUCUCAUGAUGGACCUCCCAGUUGAUUCACCCCUUGACAAAAUCCCCCGCAGCGAUCCGGAUCAAACGUUGUAUUCAGGCCAACCACUUCUUCCUCAACACCCACAACCCCAAACCCCCGACUCAACCUCCUCAAUGACCGGCACCUCAAAUGUUGGUGACAUAGAUGCCAUCUUCAAAGACCUCGCAUACCUUGACACUACAGAGUGGGCCACGAACCGCGAGGCCGGACUUAAGGACUUUGGCUUCAUGGAUGAUUCUACUUUCCAGGCCUUUUGCCAUGAUCCUGAUCGCUUGGGCAGGUCACAGCCCCUUGUGCAUCCCCCUUCCAUUGCUGAUAUUUGGCCUCCGCCGGGUUUCUUCCCCGAGACUUUCCAGGAGGAGUCAAUGGGCCAUACUUGA